AAAAAUAUAUGAUUUGCGAUGUCUUAUGCAUUACACGAUAAAAUAGGAAAAUAAUAAAUAUGAUAUGAUAAGUGAAAGAGGUGAACCGUGAAUUUAGCCAUUUUACCUACCUACUUAGCAUCAACUGAAUAAUUUAUAUCUGUUUUAUUAAAUUACGUGUACGAUCCACAUUUACGACGUCGAAGUUUGCAGCCUUUUAAAGGGUCUUAAAUUUCACUUCGCUGUCUUUGACUCACCAACAAAUAAUUUUUCUGAAGUCUAAAAGGAUAAUACAUACCAUAACAUACAUACCUAUUCUAUAGGUACCUACUAAACGAUGGAAGUCUGUACCAAUGAGAGUGGAAACUGUGCGGUAGCCAGUGAAGAUUUAUCGUGGGCAUUACAGAUUGGUGAUCUUGACACGGUCAAGGAACAGUUGCAAAGACUUGCUUUAGAAAACAAGGACUGGAAUAUAAACAAUGUGUCAAAUGGAAGAACUAUGUUACAUAAAGCUUGUGAUUAUGGCCAUUUGGAUAUUGUUGAAUUUUUAAUUCAAAAUGGUGCCGAUAUAAAUAUGAAGGACAACUUUGGCAUUACUCCAUUGUUGUGUGCUCUGUGGGAAAAUCAUUUCAAAGUUGCUAAGUAUUUAAUUGAUAAAGGAGCAAUUACAAAUUUAUUAACACCUCAAGGAUUGAAGUAUUAUGAAUGCAUUGAAGAUUCUGAGAUGAUAAACUUAUUAAAACGACUAGAAACUCAAUAGUUAAUUUUAUCGCUUUGAUUCAAAAAUGUAUUAAUUAAAUAAUCUAUCAAAAUCUAAAUGUACCUUUUUAAUGUUUAUUUGGGAUAAUUAAAUGAUAUAAUAACUUAUUACACUAAAAAAUUCCUUUAAUUUAAAAUAAUUGUUUUAAAGGAUAGUUAUCAUUGUUAUUAUUUAUUAGUUUUAUAUAACAUUUCACAUUUAUUUAUCUACUAGCUUUAAAAAUUAAUAUUCUAGAUUCUUGAGUGAAACGGUUAUAAAAUAAUGACUGGAAAUAUAUUAUUUAUAAACACUUGUUCCUAUAGUAAAUUGUUGGUGGAAUAAUUUGACAAUAAGUGAUUAAAUUUUCAUUGUUGUUAUUAUAAUUAUUAUUGUUUGUCAAUAAAGUAAUGAAUGAUCAAUAAAAUUAAUACUUUUUGUAAAGUUUGAGGCAGUUUUAAAAGUACAUUAAUAUUAAAAUUAAAUUGUUAACAUUUUUAGACAUAUUUAUUUACACUUUUAUAUUAAUAAUCAUUUUAAAAUAAUAAAAUAAUAUAAUCAAAUUAUUAUUGUUAUAAUCAAUUGCUUUAUUUUAUUUUAUUUGUUUAAAUUUUUUCAGCAAUUUGUUUUAUUAAAAUGAAUAUUUAAUAAUCCAUAUGAGUUAUAAUGCUUGUUUAUAGAAAUUAUUUAUUCUUUGCGUGUUAAAGUUUUAAUUAUAUAAUAUUAAAUACAUUUAUAAUUACAAAUAUAAAAGUUUUAAGCAUAAAAUAAAAUACAUAAUACCUUUUAUAUGAAUACAAUUUGUGAUAGACAUUUUAUAGUUAACGAAUUAAAAAUUAUUGUUAAAAUUGUAUGUUAUAUUGCUGUAUUCUUUAUUAAUUUAUUAUAUACAUUAUUAUUAUUACAAUUUAGAUAAAUAUUGUUUAAUAUUAGUCUUUAGAAGCACUUAUAUAAUACAUUUAUCCUACUGUAUUUUUUUUUUAUCACUAUUAGUAUCAUUACUUCAUACUACACUAUUUAAUUUUUUAAUAAAAUACCUAUUAUCUAUUUAUGUUAUUGAAAUAUUUUUAUGCAUUUUAUAUUUGCUUUAAUUUUUGAAGGAAUAUCAUUUUUUCACACGUUUAUUUUAAUUUCUAGAUAAUGUUCUUUUAAUCAUAUUGUAGCAAUGUAGCUCCAUUUCAAUAAGCCAAUUUUUAGUUUAUAUUUUAAAUCAUCACUUACAGAAAUAUAAAAGCAUUUUUAUUAUAAUAUUUACAUUAAUUCACAUAAUACUGUAUAAUUACAUUUACAAUUAAUAGCUAACAUAUUCUAUUAAUUAUUAAUAAAAUCAUUUAGAAAAUAUUAAAUACUGAAUUAAUGUAACUAUGCAUUUAGAUAUAGCCUAUAACUUAGUAACAUUGACGUAAGCAUCUGGAAAAUUAUUCAUUAGAAAUAAACUUAUUACCUUAUAAA